CACGUGCGCCUCAAUAAGCUGUACCGAGUUUGUACGCCGUACUCCUUUACCUAGAGCGCUACGAACCGGGGACCCUCAAGAGCUAUCUGAAGACUACUAGAAGGAUUCUUUGCAUUGAGGAUAUUACGUUUGGACUGUUGAGAAUCUCAACCACUUCAUCCUCAAGGUUUUCUGUGGUGUCUCAACUCUCGCCCAACAAGCUCGUAGACCUUUGGCUCUAUAUCAUUACAACUCUCAUAGAUUCACUGGCCGUCUCAGUGUUCUUUCCUGAACCGCGUGGGGUUUUACCAUUGCUUUCAGAAUUAGGGUCUAUCACACCGCCCGCUUCUUUUUGCUCGUUAUUUCACAAUGAUACAACACACAAACGCCCGCCAAUCUAGCGUCGCGAUUGCACCGCUUCGUCAACUCGUCAGCGACAGCCCUGAGCAAUGGGGCUACUGGCUGGGACGCAAACAUUACUCACUCGAGGUCGUCCAGCACCCUCUGCGGGCACGAAUGUGUGGCUUUGGGGAUAAAGAUCGAAGACCGCUCGCUCCAGCAGCCGUGGCAAAAAUGGUUGUCAGACGAGACGACAACAGCAUCGUAGACGUGGACGAUAUGGACUGUUCUUUCUUUCUGGUGACCGUCGAUCUAUGGUCUGAAGAUGGAAAGCAUGAAACCAAUCUUGUCCUGCAUCCGUCAUCGGUGGAUCGUCACAUUCCUCCCCAUUCCUCCACGAAAUCGCGACGGCGGGGGACGAGUUCUUCGGCCCCUCAAUCUCGUGCUCCUGCUAAUCAAACUCCAAGUGGAGGUUCUACUCCCACUCUCUCUCAACAUCGUCCUGGCGAACAGCGCCCGCCUCUCCCACACCCUCACGCUUCUGGUUACAAUAAUCAAGGAUAUGUCACACCACACGCGCCCCAGGUAAAUGAUGCCUUGGGCUUCCCGCCAAGCACACCAUACGGUCCCACACAAGCUGACUCUUCUUGGGGCUAUCCACCACCGCCGCCCGGUGACCGUAGCACCAGCUUCCCGCACCCCACCUUGCCAUCAAUACACACCUUGGGUCGCAGCCCAUCAAGUUCAACCUCGGACCACUGGAAUUCGGAGCCGGAACCGCAAAGCCUUCCAUAUGGGGCCUGGAACACCGACGCCCCCUACCACCCAUCUAUCAGCAGCUACUCGAACUCGCAGGUCGAUCCUUCAGUUCGUAAUCACUCUAAUUCGGAAGGUAUUGAGAACCCGGGAUGGUCUUCAUCUGAAGCCACUUCGCCACAUUCUCAGGCGGACCAUGCCGCCUAUGAAUCCUCGACCUACCACCAUUCUGCUUAUCAUCCUGCACCUACACAUUCUCAGAUGGCACCAGGCACAUGUUCUUCCCAACAUGUUUCAACCGUUCCUCCGCCUCCGAGACAUACAUACACACGUACCCUUGUUGGCCCCCUUUCAGCAAAUGCAUGCCGGUUAUUAGAUGAACAUCGGAAACCUGGGAUUUUCUUCCUUUUCCAAGACUUGUCUGUUCGUACCGAAGGAACGUUCCGGCUUAGGAUGCGUCUUAUGAAUGUUGGAGCCCCACCAGCGCCAGAAGUGGGAGCUGCGCGAGUCCACAAUGAUGUCUCGCCUGUUCUCGCCCAAACAUUUACUGAACAGUUUACCGUUUAUUCAGCUAAACGAUUCCCAGGUGUUCCAGAUACCACCGCCCUCUCCAUCGCGCUCGGGAAUCAAGGACAGAAGCUUCCCCUGGCAUCGGAUGGGCUAAGCGAAGCGUUGGUAGAGGAAUCGUCACGCGUCCAACAAGCGUCGGAGACGCAGUGGUUCAGAGUCUGA